AUGGAUAACUCACCAGCGGAGUCAUUCAUCUCCGCACCGGCAGAGAAUCUUUCCUCUUUGUUUUCCACUCCCACAUCUACAAUCAGCCCUCUGGCAAUGAUGACUCCCACGUCUUCCGCCGAGGACCACCACAGCCCCGACCCUAUGGGCGAGGAGGACGACAUAAGCCCUCCAUCAUCCCCUGGCUCUGAGAAGAAGCCCACCAAGAAGCGCAAGUCAUGGGGUCAAGUUCUCCCUGAACCAAAGACCAACCUGCCCCCAAGGAAACGGGCGAAGACCGAGGAUGAGAAGGAGCAGCGCCGAGUGGAGCGAGUAUUAAGAAAUCGUCGUGCCGCUCAGUCAUCCCGAGAGCGCAAGCGACAGGAGGUCGAGGCCCUGGAGAAGCGGAAUAAGGAACUUGAGUCCCUCUUAGCUAAUGCGCAGAAGGCCAACCUGAUGCUCGUUGAAGAGCUCAAGCGCUUCCGUUCUGACUCCGGGGUCGUCACUCGAACAUCCACCAUGGACACAUUCAAGGACAACCACCUGACUCUGUCGCCUGAACUCUUUGGGGCCCAGGCUGGUCAGGGCCUUGAGCCAACCAUGAAGAUGCUCGAUGACCUCAUCAAGCCUACUGAACAGACCGUCAAUCCAGCCUCACUUUCCCCCCCACCGGAGUCUGGUGAUAUCAAGCAAGAGCCCUCACAAGAGGAUCUGAAUCAACCCAACGAGACCCAGAUCCCAGUUCUGAACGCUGAUGAGCAGACCGUCUCCACCGACAUGACACAACACCUGGACAUCUGCUCUAUUGGCAUUCAGUCUUCAGCUCAGGAUGAUGUUGCUUUCAGCUUCAACGAUGCUUUCGGCCUGUCAGCGGCCAUUAACACAGAUCGCCAUGUCCUCGAAAGCGGGCUUCUCUCUUCUCCCGAAUCCACAUAUCUUGACGACGAUCAUCUGGCUGGUGACUCUGCCACCGGCUUCUUCCACCAGUCUACAUUCGGACUCGACAUCAACGAGAUCCUCUCCGACGAAGCGAACAACACAGUAUCAGACCUUAUGGCAGCGAGCCACGACGCCGCAGCAGACUACUUCGGCCUCGAGCCGCAAAUCUACGACUUUGAGACUCAAAUCUCUUCGGAAAAUCCUAUCCAGCAGCCCCAAUCUGGCGCGUCCUCUUUUGGAUGCGACGAUGGAGGCAUUGCGGUUGGUGUCUGA